CGGCAGCUUGUAAAUGUAGGUUUUAAUUUGAAAGUUUGUCCGGAAGUGUUGCAGUUACCACUCCAAGAAGCAGCCAUCCUCACUACCUGGAUGAGGUAGUCCUGCAUUUUUUUGUAUUCUCGUGUACCGUACCGCAGCGUGCCAGGAGAUAGUGUUCCGCGGUUGCAGACAUUUUGCCUCCUCGUUAACAGUGAAGGGUAGUAAAAACGAAAAAGAUACCGGGCUGCUGCCUGGCGACGAAAGAGAGGGGAGGGAGGCGGGGGGCUGGCCGCAUCUGUUGCCUGGGUGAAUGAACACGUUAGCAUCCAGCUAGCUGUUUACAACCCCAGGUACCCAACGAAUAACAACGAGGUUUACACCGAAAUCACGAAUGUCAGCACUCUUUUGUGGUGGGCAGCGCUCCACGAGACUCUGCGGUAAAUACCGAAUCCGGUCACGGUGCGAUAUAUUACGUGCAGAGAAGAAGACUGACCUUAAAUGUGGUCGAAUGGGUUUCAUGUAAGGUUCGGGGGCUAACGGGAGCUAGCAGAAUAGCUUCAUGGCAACACAGUAGUGGGCUGUACGCGUGCUACAAGCUAAGCUUGUAGCUACAGAUCCUGCUAGCUAACAUGGACGGGUUGAUUUACCUUAACCCCGGUGGAUUCUCAGAUCGGUAAAUACAAUGAUCAAACUGUUUUCGACAGACAGCUAGAAGGCCGACGCGACAAUGGAGUCUUUCCUGCAGAUAGCUCCCCACUCCCUGGCUAUAGUGCUGUCCAGGGUUGGGGCUGGAGAGGCGGCGGUGGCUGCCGGGGUGUCAGAGAGCGACGAGCUUCCGAGACACCACACCGGCUAUGAGAUUUUUGCCGAUUUCAAAGCAGAAAAUACCCAGCACCAUGUGUGGAAUCAACGGAUUACCGAGGCAGUGUCCGAGAUCUUCUUCCUGGGCUGGAUAGACGAACAUGUACUGCUGAUACAGGGGAAGGAGGACCACCUAGAGGUGCUGAGGGAGGGAUGGAUGCGGAGGUCCCUCAAUCCUCCUCGGGGAUUCAGCAUCAAAUACCUGGGUGAUGUGUCACCAAUCAGCAUGUCCCCCAUCAGCCAAUCGCAGUUCAUCCCUUUGGGAGAGGUAUUGCUAUUGGCUAUCUCUGCUAUGAAUUCUGCCCAUAAACCUGUCACUCAGGAGGCCCUAACUGAACACCUGCAGACAUGUUUUCCAGGUGUUCCCACGCCAACAGAGGAGGUUCUGCACCACACCCUAAGCAUGCUGGUUCGUGAGCGGAAAAUCUACCCAACACCCGACGGAUUUUUUAUUGUAACCCCUCAGACAUACUUUAUCACGCCAAGUCUAAUUCGGACAAGCUCCAAGUGGUACCACUUAGACGAGCGAUCUGCUGACCGACACCAACAGCAGCAACAUCAGAACCAACAACAGCAUCAGCAGACACAGUGCACAUCCCCUCUCUCUGGCACCAUUACACCUUCCACCUCUGGUGGUGUGCGAGAUCGAACACACCCGAAAUCCAGCCAAAAUCACAGUGGGGGAGUUGGAGGAGGUGGGGAUUCUUUUUACAACAACAGUUACCGUGGAGACGAUCCCCCGAGCCACCACACUACCCUGCAGCGCCGAUCCCCCAAAGACCACCGGGAAGCGUAUUCAUCCCCACACUCCCCACAAACCCCUCCUCAGCAAACAGGAGGCAACACAGAAAAGAGUCGUAGCAGCCUUGGGUUUCCCUUCAAGACGGACACACUAACCAAGCACCGAGGAGGAGGAGGUGGUGGUGGGGGAGGAGGGUUAGGAGCUACAGGAGGAACUGGAGAGAUAGAGAAACAAGCUGGUGCAGGAAGUGGUACAGGAAGUCGUAAGUUUGGCUUGAAGCUGUUUCGUUUGAGCUUUAAGAAGGAUAAGGCCAAACAGUUGGCGACCUUCUCUGCACAGUUCCCCCCUGAGGAGUGGCCACUCCGUGAUGAGGAGGCACCCAGCCAGCUGCCUCGCCACGUAGAAAUGGAGAUCAUCCGCAGGAUUAACCCUGACCUCACCGUGGAGAACCUUGCACGGCAUACAGCAGUCAUGAAGCGUCUCGAAGAAGAGCGUACUCAAAGGAGCAAAACAUCCUCAGCCAAUCAGAGUUCUAGGAGUAGGAGAAGUGGGGGCAGACACAGGAAACAGUCUCAGACUAAAUUCAGCCGCUCACAUAGCAAGACGAGGGCAUCCCGUGGUGAGCCAAGUGACGGUUCCCACCUGGAGCUGGCCAACAGGGACUAUAGAGCCUACUCAUCCUCACUGGCUCGGUCACCGAGGGAACAUGCCCUGGCCGUGGAACGGCAGCGAGCCCGGCUUCACCUGGCACACAGCAACCCUAACAUCCUUGACUCCUCCCAUCUGCCUGUCACGCCAGAGUGGGAUGUGUCUGGAGAGCUUGCCAAACGUCGAACGGAAAUGCCUUUCCCCGAGCCAAGCCAUGGCCCAUCAGCCCACCACUCCAAAGUUCACCGCUCACACUCCCACACCCAGGAGAGGAAGUCCCGGAACGAACGCAGUGACAAGGCUAAGGAGCGUUCCAGAUCCAUGGACAAUUCUAAAGGACCACUUGGAGCUGGGAUAAUUGGACCACCUGAUUAUUAUGAUGACCGGAGUCGUUAUUACACUGACGAUGGGACACUGCGAGCCAAUCAGAGCUCUUCUCACUACUGUCGUGCAACACCCCCCUCAGCAAAGCUGCCUGGUGAUUCUCUGGGGCUGGAUGGUGGCAGGAGUUUAGAGAAAAGUAAGAGCAGGGACAGCCUGCCAACAUACUCACCCAAACCACUCCCCUCUGUCCCUCCGGAUGAUUACUUCCAGUGCUCCAGUUCCUCUGAGGCUGUUCUCACAGCAGCAAACCCCCUGGGAACUCUUUCCAAAAGUAGCCAUGAUGGAUUAAAACUAGGCAGCACUGACAGGCAAGCAGACAGACAGACACCCCAUUCCCUAGAAAAUAAGGAGGAUUUGUCAAAGGUGGGGCCUAAGGGUGGCAGCUUGCCCCCAAUACCUCUCCCUAUCCCUGAUCCAGCCCUUCCUAAUGGACGAACACCCCACAGUGCGUCCUCUGGCCAAGAGAAACGUAAGGAGAUCUUUAGUAAAGACACACUCUUCAAGCCUCUUCCUAGCCUCUCUUUGCCUGGCUACAGCUCCCUGAGAAAGCCCCCUGCCCUCACCUCCUCAACUUUGUCCUCAUCAUGUGAUGCACUUGAUUCCCAGGAGGCCUUUGAUGCUCCUAAACCUCUCAUUGCCACACCGUCUGCCACCCCACAAGGGACUGAACCCACUACCAGCGCUGCAGAGGUCUCCUUUGAUUACUAUAAUGUCUCCGACGAUGAUGAACUUGAGGAGGGUGGGACCAAAAGUCGAGGAGAAGACGAGAAGAGUGGAGGCGGCAUUAUAGGGAUGAGAGGAGGCAGAGCAGGGACUAUGCAGUGGCUGUUGGAGAGGGAGAAGGAGAGGGAGCUACAGAGGAGGUUUGAAAGAACCCUCACCUUCCCUGGUGCUAAAGAGAACCUUGCAGAGCCUAAUGAGAACCAGCAAUCAGCCCACUCUGCUAGACUGGACAGUAUGGACUCCAGCUCUGUCACCGUCGACAGUGGAUUCAACUCACCACGAACAAGGGAGAGCCUAGCGUCUAACACCUCUUCUAUAGUAGAGAGUAACCGUCGGCAGAACCUGGCGCUGAGCCCCGGCCACCUUGGCUUCACUACCGGCAAUGGUCCGCCCUUCUCAUUCCGUGCCAUCCCAGAACCUGCUGGUACCCAACCAGAAAAACUCCAGAAGCCUAGCACCUGCCUUGCAUCAAUCACCAGCGUCUAGAGGCAGAACUAAGGGUUGGAUGUGGUGCUGAAAGCCAAUAGACGGGGGCCAGAAACUACAGAUGUGACCCCCAAGGACUGUUACACCUUUAGACUGAAAGCCUGACUGAACAGUGGAGCUGCCACAGGCCCACUGUGGAACUAUAGCAGUACACACACACACACACACACACACACACACACACACACACACACACACACACCAGGCCACUGGGCAAACUGACCAUGUCAAUCUACAGCCUCUUGUCUUUACACUGCUGUUGUGUUACUUCACUUGCGUGUGCGGGUGGGUGUGUGUGUGGGUUAUGUUUGUAAAAUCUGUAAUCUCAGGUCAUGUUCUUUCCACUCCCAUUCCAGCUGCUCCAAAUCAGUACAUCUCCCUCUAGCAGUGUGUCCUGGUAUUACACAGUGAAGACAUGCUGCUCUGCUAACAACUGUGUACUAUACAGUAUACUGUAUAGUAUACUAAUCAGAACACACACCCACUGAACAAGCUCUUCUUUUAGAUUAAUCACUUGCACACACGGUGUAAGGUGCAACACCACAGGAAAUGACAAUAGCCUCGACCCUCCAAAUUGCAACUCCAACGUGAAGUGGGUAGACAGGCAACUGAGUAACCUUUAACUAGGGCUGUUUUUACCCUAACACCCUCUUUAGAAUGAAUGUGAGUGGUUCUGUCUGUUGGAUGCCACGGUGCCCAUUUGAACUGCAUGAAUACUGUUGCUAGUUUUUAGCCACCUUUAGCAAUGUCCUCUAGGUGGGAGUGCAUAUAUGGACAACCUGAAAUGCAGCUCCAGAAUGAGGUUAUUGAUUGCAGACUGUGUAGAUCUUCCACUUUUUCUCAUUUUUUUUAUGUUACCUCUCAUGUUCACUGGAUGAAGCAACAUAAUGCUAUUGCUCCCUGAGGGGUCAUUCCUGUGUUACAGCAGCACAGAAAGGGGCUGAGAGGGAAGAAAGCAGAAAAACAACUAUUUGAAAUAAACUAGGGGAAAAUAGAUGUUAAAGGUAUUAGAAAAGCUUGAUUAAAAGGCUGUGUACAGUAUAUACAUGACAGUACCUUACACAAUACAAAUAAAUUUGAUUAUAGGGUGUAAAUAUUUACAUUUAUUGACAGUUGAAAUUAAUAUUUAAUGACAUAAAGCACUUUUUACUGACUGUGAUUCCACAUAGAUAGAACAUAUAUAAGUGACUGAGAUCCUACUUGCCACAUUUUGGCCUGUAAUAGGUGGCAUACUGGCAACCAGAGACCCUAGAGUCCUGCUAAAAUAUAAAUGUAUUAUGCUCUCUGCUCAGGUAGUUAAUUUGGCACAAGAUAUACAAUUUCCACUUUGCCACACACAAACCCACUAAGAUUUUUAGAUAUUAGUGAUUAAAGCCUGGCGCACAGGAGCGCAUCUGCUGUAACAUUAGGCAUCUUUGAUAGUUAAGAAACAUAUAGAUGUGUGAUAAAGUUGAAUUAAUGCUGUUAUUAACAAGGUGUAGAGACGUUAGUAGGUACUUGUUAUAUUCACAUUUUGUUUAUUUGUAUUAGUUUAGCAGAAUAACCGCCAACAGUACUCAGGGGGUGGAAGGGAGUAACACAUAGCAAGGGAGCCAGAAGGUCAUCAGUAAAACCAGAAAAAGAACACAAAAACUGAGAAAAUUGUGGUUUUGUUUUUAUAUGACAAUUUUCACCAUGUGUUACUUAUAUCCAUUCCAACCGAAGUGAAAGGACCGUGGCACCUUCAUUCCAGUAAACACUUAAAGCAGUAAGAACAAAAAACACGGAAGGUGUGAGUGUCAAACUGCUUGAAGACGCAACACUGCAUCCAGUGGACAUGAAGGGUUACGGUCACAUUCCUGUUGAGUUUCAUAGAUAAGAGCUGCUCAAAAGCAAGAUUUUAACCAGCAAAAAUCAUUGGGCAUUUUCAGCACAUCUAUAGUGAAUUUGAAAUUAAAAGUAUAAAUUUUGUUGCAUCGGGAACAGAUGUACUGGCACUCAACAUCCAGCAUCCAACAGAGAAUGUGAUCUACACCAGUUUUAUACAGAACAAGCAGGAAUUUUAAUUUUUUUU